AUGCCCACAAUCGUCCUCGACAACGGCGCGUACUCCGUCAAGGCUGGCGUCGUCGGUCAGCACCAAGAUCCGCUGAUCAUCCCAAAUGCCAUUGUGAGGUCAAAGGGUGACAAGAAAACGUAUUUUGGCCAUGAGUUGGCGCAGUGCAGGGACUACUCUUCGCUGCAUUUCAGGCUCCCAUUUGAACGUGGCUACCUUGUUGAUUGGGACAUCGAGAAGUGCGUCUGGGACGGGAUCUUCUCAGACCAAGUCCUUCGGGUAGACACCACCCAAGCCGCCCUCCUCAUGACUGAGCCUUACUUCAACCUCCCAAAACUGCAAGACGACUGUGAUCAGCUGGUGUUCGAGGAGUACGAAUUCAACUCGUACUAUCGGUGUACCCCGGCAUCACUGAUACCAUAUGGCCAGCUCUUCGCACAGCCAGGAUUGCCUCCCGCGGAAUGCACCAUCGUUGUCGAUUCAGGAUUUAGCUUUACUCAUGUCGUACCCUUGAUCGACGGUAAAAUUGUCUGGAACGCCGUCAAGAGGCUCGAUAUGGGCGGGAAGUUGCUCACGAAUCACCUGAAAGAACUGGUCUCAUUUCGUCAAUGGAACAUGAUGGAAGAGACUUACAUUAUGAACCAAGUAAAAGAGACCUGCUGCUUCGUGUCGGCCAACUACAAGCAGGACAUCGAAACAUGCCGAAUAGAUCCGAAGCGCAACCCCAUCGUUCAGGAAUACAUCCUCCCAGACAUGUCCACGAAUCGGAAAGGCCGCGUUCGCAUUCCGGAAGAGCCUCUCGCCGAGUCGGACCAAAUCCUGCUCAUGAACAACGAGAGGUUUGCCGUCCCGGAGCUUUUGUUCAGACCUGACGAUAUUGGGAUGGAUCAGGCAGGGAUCGCCUGGACGAUUGCCCAUUCCAUAUCCCUCCUCCCCGCCGAUUUGCAAGGGAUGUUCUGGGCGAACAUCGGGCUGAUAGGGGGUAAUACGAAGCUUCCUGGGUUUCGAGCGCGGUUACUCUCAGAGCUGCAGACCUUGGCUCCUGUCGAGUUCGAAGUCGCAAUCUACGAGUGCGAAGAUCCUGUCACGGAAGCGUACAAAUCGGCCUGUAUACGUGCUAGUCAAGACGGGUUUAUGUCCCAGCACGCCGUGACGCGGGCAGAGUACCUCGAGAGCGGUUGCAGCGCCGCGCACAGGAAGUUCCGCCAUGAUUGGACCUGGGCGACAGGCAUCCAGGCCCGGCGUUACUUGGACGCCGAAAGAGGCAAAGACGCGAAGGACGCCACGGCGAAGGGCAGUAGUUACAGCACUGGCACUGGCACCAGCCAACGGGUGGCCAGAGGGAAGGCGUUGGCGUUGGCAGCGAUGAAGGAGAAGGACAGGGAAGACGAUCGUCCCCAGACGACGACAGCAAGUGGCGCUAAACCCACUCGGGCGAGAAGCACCCGCCGAGGAUGA